AUGGGCUCAUCUUCUUCAAAGACUGCAUACUCAGCCAACAACACAGGCGGGGCAUCAGUUGCUGCAUAUGAAUUAUCGAGCGCUCUGACUGAUACCCUGAGCGAGAUCGACCUCAAUGGUAGCUUGAAUGAGCAACUUCGCCAGCUGCUUGAACGUCUAGAUCAAGAAGCAGCCAAGUAUGCCAACUCCAGGGUUAACGAUGACGAUUCAAUAGAAUGGAACCCGUCUCAAUCUGAAGUCCAGCUCAUAUCGGCGGCGUGGAAGUGUGCGCGUGGGACCUAUGACCUCGAGGGCACCAUGGCUGAUACCAGCUACUGCACGUUUCGUCGUGAUCAAGUAGUCGACAGCUCUUUCGCCGGGACCGUCAAACUCAUCACAUCUACUGUCAUCGAGGCCAAGGCAGACUCGCCGGCGACUGAUUCAUUACCGGUUCUGGUGCUGGCAAUACGCGGAAGUGCCAGUAAAAUGGACCACAUCGUAAAUGUCAACGCUCAGCCCAGGACGACCGACAGUUUCAUUGGGUGUCUAGAGGACCUUAAAGCCCAUUCUGGCUUCUUGAAUAGUGCACGAGCUCUGGAAUCGAUUGUCACAAAUCUAAUCAACAAGUAUCUGGAGUCUUAUCCUGAGAUGGGUAAGAAGAAACCGCACAUUCUUUUUACGGGACAUUCCGCCGGCGGAGCUGUAUCACAGUUAUUAUAUCUUCGCCAUAUGUCCAACCAAGAUUUAAACAAGUCUGCGAGAUUUUCGUGCGUCACAUUUGGCGCACCUCCUUGCUUGACCCAGCGCGUUGAUCUCGACAUGUUUCAGCCAAGUCGCGGAACUGUGUGCGUCAACGUUAUCAACGAGUUCGAUGUGGUCACUCGAGCCGACAAACCAUACAUCUUAUCCUUGAUAGAUGUCGCCAGAGCAAUGCUAGACUUGCCACCAAAGACAACCAUUUCCGAGCCUGAAACAAGCGAGAGGAUAGUCGGCGCUGCUUUAGAGACGACUAGAGAUGAAAAAUGCCGCAUUUCAGACGAUUCUGAAGACUUUCUUGUCAAAGAAUCAAACUUUUGGCGCUUUCCUCGGCCUUUCUACCACCAUGUCGGACCUAGGGUUAUUCUUUUGACACGCUUCGUUGACAAUCAGAUGAGUCUCAAAGCAGUUGAAACAAGCCCUUCGGAGUUCCAAAAGUUGCUCUUCUGCCGUGUUACUGUUCAUGGCAAGAGAUUCUACGAGGAAAGGAUUUGUGCUUUAGAGCAGGGACGUUUCAAUAAUCGGUCAGCCUGGAAGCCAGGAGAUUCUAAGGAUAAACUUCUUGAUCAAAGAUAG